AGUGUGUUGUGAGGGCUGGUGUGUGAAGGACGCAGUCGUUCGCUCCUCUGUCGCUGCUGUAGAAGGGAAAUCGGACUGAGGACGCUGAGCUCCACAUUACAGCAGCGGAGCUCAGAUCUUACCGGGAUAAACUCACCGCGGAGAGGAGAACUUGCAGAAGCGCUGCGUAAAGACGCACCGAGCUACCCAAGGCGGUACAGUUUAACCAAGAAGGGACUCUGAACUACGGGGCACGUUUUACCUCUCUAUCUCUAUCAAUCUUUCUCUCAUUCUUUAGCCACAUCGGAUCUUUUUCAACCUUGUCAGAGCGAGAAAGGGCAUCUUUUACACGCACAAAUCUUCUUUCUCGCUCCCUGUUUGGUUUUCUUUCUCUCCAUGGAUUUAGUGUUCUGAGCGACCGGCUGCAGUGGACUUUGCCCCGGGGAUCACAGCUCCUUCCUCCGGUCACCAGGAGCCCGGCAGCUGUCGUUCAUGUUCCACGGGGCUGUUUUUGAUGGAUUUAUAAGCUCACCUCGGUUUUCAGCCGGACACACGACAACCGAGACCUGCUCACAGACUGCUUUUGAAAGGCAUACAGCGGGACUAGAGCUCCAAAUGAGGAUUUCAAUAUUCACUCGUAUCGACCGGGACAAGGAGUGAUUCCCCCCCCCCUGGUGCCAGUCAUCACUGCGAGGACAGACCGGGAGGAAAGGACCCAGAUUUAGAGACUUUGUGGCUUUCUGAGGUUGCCAAUGCCAGGGACUGGAGUGUGAGGCCAACUCCAGGCUUCCAAUUUUUAUUUCAACCUUUCAACCAUAAAACACGCACAUCACGUCUAGAAGAUGGCGAGGGUCUGCACGUUCUGCGUUCUCCUGCUCUGUUUGAUGGACAGAGUCUCGGCCAGAGCCAUCGAUGAAGGAAGAACUAAAGAUCUUCGGGUCUCCAGGCCUCUGAUCGUGCCAGGUUACCCAGAAAACACCACAGGGGUGGUGGGUGGUGAGGCGAAGCUGGUGUGUAAAGUCCACCGGCCAGGUUCCACCAAGGUGCAGUGGCUGAAAACAGAAGUCAGCGGCCCAGGAAGAAGUCAGGGAGGACAGCCUCGCCUUAGGGCUCUAACGGCCCUGCAGAGCAACAUAUCCAAGGUGAACACUCUGCAUUUGUCCAACAUCACUCUGGAGGAUGCAGGAGAGUACAUCUGCAUGGCGAAGAGCACCCACGCAGGACAGACAGUACAGGCCAUGCAGUCGGCGUGGUUGGAAGUCCUGCCUGGUAUCAUCAUUUCCCGAACUAUGGACAUGACUGCUGCUGAAAUUCCCCAAGAUGUUCUUGAGGACUUGAGUGAAGACACCACAGAGCAUCUUCUGUUAGAGCCAGGCAACGUCCUGAAACUGCGCUGCGACGUGAGCACUCGGCCUGGCAUGGCGGUGAACUGGUACAAGGAGGGAGUCCGGGUUCUGGCUACGCCCCGCAUCCAGAUCCGCGGUGCCAUCAUGGAGAUCACAGAUGUAACGUACGAGGAUUCAGGCAUUUAUGUUUGUGUUCUCCGGGGAACCAAAGAGCCUGUCAGGAACUUUACCAUCACUGUGGCAGACUCAUUGGGGUCUGGGGAUGAUGACGAGGACAAUGGCUUGGAGGACUCAUCAGCUGAGAUCGAAAAUGACCAGGUUUACUUCUCCAGAGGUCCCUAUUGGACCCACACUCAGCGUAUGGAGAAGAGGCUGUAUGCUGUUCCUGCAGGCAACACAGUGAAGUUUCGUUGCGCUGCCAUGGGCAGCCCCAUGCCGAGCAUCCGCUGGCUCAAAAAUGGUCGUGAAUUUAGAGGAGAGCACCGCAUUGGGGGCAUCAAGCUGAGACACCAACACUGGAGCCUGGUGAUGGAGAGCGUUGUGCCUUCAGACAGAGGAAACUACACCUGCGUGGUGGAGAAUAAAUACGGCUCCAUCACUUACAGCUACGUCCUUGAUGUCCUGGAGCGCUCCCCACACAGGCCUAUCCUGCAGGCAGGUCUACCAGCCAACACCACAGCAGUGGUGGGCAGUGACGUCCAGUUCCACUGUAAGGUCUACAGCGAUGCUCAGCCUCAUAUUCAGUGGCUCAAACACAUCGAAAGGAAUGGCAGCCGCUACGGUCCUGAUGGGACGCCCUACGUUCAGGUCCUUAAGACCGGCAGUCUGAACAUGUCAGAGGUGGAGGUGCUCUACCUGUCCAAAGUUACCAUGGAGGAUGCAGGAGAGUACACCUGUCUGGCGGGAAAUUCAAUUGGCUUUGCCCACCAGUCUGCCUGGCUCACCGUCAUUUCAGAGGAGGAAGCAGCAGAUGCUAUGGACACCAUGGAGACCAAGUACACCGACAUCAUCAUCUACGCCUGUGGUUUCCUGGCUCUGAUCAUGGCCAUCGUUAUCGUGGUGUUGUGUCGAAUGCAGGUCCACCCCAGAAGGGAGCCUUUUGAUGCCCUCCCUGUACAGAAGCUCUCCAAGUUCCCUCUUCGCAGACAGUACUCAGUGGAGUCCAACUCAUCAGGGAAGUCCAGCGCAUCUCUGAUGAGGGUAGCUCGCCUGUCGUCCAGCUGCUCUCCCAUGCUGGCUGGAGUCAUGGAGUUUGAGUUGCCCUACGACCCGGACUGGGAGUUCCCCAGGGAGAAUUUAACAUUGGGCAAACCACUGGGAGAAGGCUGCUUCGGUCAGGUGGUCAGAGCUGAGGCCUACGGCAUCAACAAGGACUGCCAGGACCAGGCCACCACUGUGGCGGUUAAGAUGCUCAAAGAUGACGCCACAGACAAAGAUCUUGCAGACCUCAUCUCGGAGAUGGAGCUGAUGAAGGUGAUGGACAAACACAAGAACAUCAUAAACCUGCUUGGAGUCUGCACACAGGAUGGCCCUCUGUAUGUGCUGGUGGAGUACGCCUCCAAAGGCAGUCUGAGGGAGUACCUGCGGGCCCGGCGACCCCCAGGCAUGGACUACACCUUUGAUGUGACAAAGGUGCCUGAGGAGCAGCUCACAUUCAAAGACCUCCUGUCCUGUGCCUACCAAGUGGCCAGAGGGAUGGAAUACCUGGCCUCCAAAAGGUGCAUCCACAGAGAUUUGGCAGCCAGAAAUGUUCUGGUGACGGAGGACAACGUGAUGAAGAUCGCUGACUUUGGACUGGCCAGAGGAGUCCACCAGAUCGACUACUACAAGAAAACCACCAAUGGACGGUUGCCGGUGAAAUGGAUGGCACCAGAGGCCUUGUUUGACAGAGUCUACACACACCAGAGCGACGUGUGGUCAUUUGGUGUACUGAUGUGGGAGAUCUUCACGCUGGGUGGCUCGCCGUAUCCUGGUAUCCCUGUUGAGGAGCUCUUCAAACUGCUGAAGGAAGGACACCGCAUGGACAAACCCUCCAACUGCACACAUGAACUCUACAUGAUGAUGCGUGAGUGCUGGCAUGCCGUUCCCACCCAGAGACCGACCUUCAAACAGCUGGUGGAGGAGCUGGACAGAGUGCUGCUGUCCAUCUCUGAUGAGUAUUUGGACCUGUCGACGCCCUUCGAGCAGUAUUCCCCAUCAUGUGAGGACACGUCCAGCUCCUGCUCCUCUGACAACGACUCUGUUUUUACCCACGAUGCCUUGUCCACUGACCCUUGCCUCCUGGGAUACCAGGACGUGCGCUCUCGGAUAGACAUGAAGACGGCACUCCGAUAGACUAAACACACCCAUACACAUUCAGACAUAAACAGAACACAAACAGAACAAGUACACGCUACAGGAAACACUACUUUUAAGUAAUGUAACAUAUUGGAGGUCCACCGCUGCAUUUCAAAAGUUAAGUUGAAGGUUUUAUUCUUAUUAAGUUUUCAGUCGGACCUCCAUUAUGGCACCAGACAAAGCCUUUAGAUAUAGGUGGGCUUUUCUACACACUCAUGCGCAUAAAUACAUACACAGACACACAUGUAUGCACGUGGAGCACUGAGGCCAGUGGGCUUCAUUACAAGGUGGAGGUUUGUAGAAAAACGUUUCAUCGUGGGCAGAAGAACGAGCAGAAGAGAAGAUACUGGUACUUUGGACUAUCAGCUCUGGCACUGUGCCCAAGAACAGUUGUAACGUUGGAAAACUGAGGCACUAAACACGAUAGAAGGGACCCUGGUACUCAAAACGCCUGGAAAUGCUUUCUUUGAUCACUUCUCCUCCAGAGAGGCGACGGACAAUGAUCUCUUCACACAAACUCAACCUUAAACCAGGGCUUGAAACCUCGGUGAUAAAGACAUUUUUAACAAAAAAGAUUUAUUUUGCUAUGAUAAAAAAAGAAGAAACUGAUUGUUAAAUAUAAAUCUCUCUAUAUAAGAUUAUUUUACUUUUGUGUUGCUUAUUUAAAAAGAAAACGGUCUUAAAUCUCAGGAUCUCUCGUGCUAAGAAGUUGCUGUUUAGCGGCAGCAAAGUGCCUGAAUUUAUGAUUUCCUGUGAAUAUAUUAGAAUAUUAAAAUAUUGUAUGUACAUAUCAACAACAGAAAGACGAUUGCCUUUUAUAAAUUAUUCUGAAUGACACAAAAAUGAAGGUUAUUGGAGGCGAAAGGAGAGAUAAAUUUAAUUAAGUGUUUCAAGUGCCAAACCUGUCACAGCUGUCACACUGUCUUCAUGUUCAGGUUUCAUUCCAAAAAAAAAAAAAAAAACACCAUUAGAAAAAAUGUUUGAUCUCUAUUAAACACACUGUCCCCAAAAUGGUAGCUCAAAGUCAAUUUGUAAUUCUUAUGUAAUUAAAAAAUCUAAAUACAACUUUGCAGUCACAAACUGACAGUAGACAACAAGUCAUACUGCUAAAAAAUUGGCUUACAUCAAGUUUUGUAAACAUUUUUGGAAAAUUAUCAGUCAUUUCAAUUAUGACAAAGUGAGAAACACAAAAUUCUCAUUUUGCAACUCAAACCUCAAAUGUUUGUGGUCAAAAAAUGAUUGUUGGAUCCUUAAAGAUGGCUUAACUUCUGGAAUGAAACCCUUCAUCUGUCAUUUUGUAAUAAACUGCCUCAGCCUCCAGCCCCCAGAAAAAACAAUUUGUGGUUACAUACCACAUGGAGCCCAGUCCUUGUUGUUGUUGUUGUUGGAUGAAUAACAUGAAUCUGCAAAAUUUUUUGAAAUAUUAUUUUCUCACAAACUCUAAAGCAACUCUGAAGUCAGAAGUCUCAGAGCCCCAAAGGUCAUGAGACAAGACUUAUUUACAGGUAUAAACUUUUAAAAGAUUACGUGGUCUUCCCCUAACAACAGCUUUACUCUCUCAGUCUUUGCCUACAUGACCACUUUGUCAGAGACAGUGUGUCCAGGUUGGGACACGUCUUGAAAGGAGGACUGACGAUUCAGCAUGGGGACUCUGUGGGGAGCUGGCCCAAGCCCACUGUCACUACUGACAUGAAGAGGAGA